AUGGCUUCUUCUUCCUCAAAAGUCAGUUGUUUGAGAAAAUCAGUACCACUAGACGGAUUGCCAUUAGGUUAUCUGUAUAUCACUAAACAUAUCAGAGUCCUAGCUGAGGUGCAACCGGGACAUGGUAGUGAUAUAGCUGAUGUGCAGCCAGGACAUGGCAGGGAUAUAGCUGAGGUGCAGCCAGGACAUGGCAGUGAUAUAGCUGAUGUACAGCCAGGACAUGGCAGUGAUAUAGCUGAGGUGCAGCCAGGACAUUGCAGUGAUAUAGCUGAGGUGCAGCCAGGACAUGGCAGUGAUAUAGCUGAGGUGCAGCCAGGACAUUGCAUUGAUAUAGCUGAGAUCCAGCCAGGACAUGGCAGUGAUAUAGCUGAGGUGCAGCCAGGACAUUGCAGUGAUAUAGCUGAGGUGCAGCCAGGACAUGGCAGUGAUAUAGCUGAGGUGCAGCCAGGACAUUGCAGUGAUAUAGCUGAGGUGCAGCCAGGACAUUGCAUUGAUAUAGCUGAGGUGCAGCCAAGACAUAGCAGUGAUAUAGCUGAGGUGCAACCAGGACAUGGCAGUGAUAUAGCUGAGGUGCAGCCAGAACAUUGCAUUGAUAUAGCUGAGGUGCAGCCAGAACAUUGCAUUGAUAUAGCUGAGGUGCAGCCAAGACAUAGCAGUGAUAUAGCUGAGGUGCAACCAGGACAUUGCAGGGAUAUAGCUGAGGUGCAGCCAGGACAUUGCAGUGAUCUAGCUGAGAAGCAGCCAGGUUAUUACAGUGGUAUAGCUGAGAUCCAGCCAGGACAUUGCAGGGAUAUAGCUGAGGUGCAGCCAGUUCCAAGGAAUGUAAUGAAAGUGGUGUUUUUCCAGAGGGACUGA